ACAGAUCUUAGUUAGUCAUUAACACAAUUUCAACAGCACAUCAACCAUUCCUGCACUUAAACUAUCAACAUAGUCCGCGUCAGAGACAAAAAUGGCGAGGACGUCUCUCCUCUGCGCCGCUGUGAUUUUCCUCUGGGCCGCUUCUGCCGUCAGCGUGUCCGUUUUCUACAGCAGCCCGAAGGCUCACGCGCUGCUGCGUUCCAGACGGGCCAACAGCUUCCUGGAGGAGAUUAAGCCCCCGUCCCUGGAGCGAGAGUGUAUGGAGGAGUUGUGUGAUUUUGAGGAGGCCAGAGAGAUCCACCAGUCGAGAGAAGCCACGUUGGAGUUCUGGACUGUAUAUGCAGAUGGCAACCAGUGCCUCCCAAACGCCUGCCAGAAUGGAUUUUGUGUGGACCAGUUCCAGUCGUACAUGUGCCAGUGCAAUCAUGGGUUUGAAGGGAAACACUGUCACAUACGUAGCACACACUUCAACUGCUCGCUGGACAACGGUGGCUGUGAUCAUGACUGCUUCGAGAAAAAGGACAAGACAGGACGUUACUGCACCUGCGUCAACGGAUACAGACAGCAGGAGAACGGCCUAGAGUGUGCGCCCAUAAAUCAACAGUCCUGUGGACAGAUCUUAAUUGCCAAGUCAUCCUACAAAAACAAGCCUCUGUCACAAACAAGUCUGACGCCCUGGCUCAUCGGGGGGGAAGUGGGCAAACGGGGAGAGAGUCCCUGGCAGGCUCUCAUAUUGAACCCCAGAGGAGAUUUCCACUGUGGCGGGGUGCUGAUCGCUGAAAACUGGGUCCUCACCGCUGCUCACUGCCUCGAAGCUUAUUCCCGCUUCAGCGUCAGACUCGGUGACUACAAGCGGUUUAUAAUCGAGGGAUCCGAGAUGACCAUUUCUGUGUCACGUAUCGUCUCCCACCCGAACUACGACAGCGUGACAGUGGAUAACGACAUAGCCCUGCUGCGCCUGGCCACGCCGGUGAAGUUAAGCAUGUACAUCGUCCCGGCGUGCCUGCCGAGCCGCGAGCUGGCGGAUCGCGUGCUCCACCUGAACGGCACCAUGACGGUGGUGACGGGCUGGGGCAUGGAGAGGGAGGGGCCAAAGCCGUACAGCUCGGACCUCAAGCACAUCAACAUACCGCUGGUAGAGCACUCGGAGUGCGCCCGUCACAUGGUCAACAACCUGACGCAGAACGUGCUGUGCGCCGGGUCCAUCGGGAGCGUGAAGGACGCCUGCAAGGGCGACAGCGGCGGGCCCAUGAUGACGCUCUACCGCAACACGUGGUUCCUGGUCGGCCUGGUGUCCUGGGGCGAAGGCUGCGGACACUUGGACAAACUGGGCAUCUACACCAAAGUGGCCAAUUACGUGGAGUGGAUAGAAGGUGUGAAGAAGGAGCCGCUGAGCCGCUGAUCUGUUGACCGAAAUGAACCAGCGAACCCGGUUGUGCGCGCUAAUAAUCAGCAGUUUUUUAAGUGUUUGUAAACUGUAUACUGACCCCCCCCCCCACACACCCGAAAAUGCUCAAAAUAUCCCCUGAUAUACUGAUGUUAAAAUGAUAAAUAAAUAUAUUCCACUUA